CCGCUGGUAGCAGCGCAGUCACUUUGGACUUUCAAACAUUUACAGGAGUAAAGUCGAGCUUCCUCCGCUUUACAGCAGAUCAACGUUGAGUUUUCUCUCUGUCUCCAGGAUCUCAAGGCAGGAUGUCUGUCACUGUGUCCAAGGCUGAUGGAGUCACUAUACUCACCUUGACCUCUGACCCUAAUAGCCCUUGGCCUCCUCUGUGCCAGAUCCUCAAGAACCUUUGCUGCAGUCCAGUGUGCUGCAAAGUGUCUCAGCACCUAAGGCACCUCAAAAGACCUUCUGAGAUAGUGCUUGGGACUCUGCAGAUUAUGAUUGGGCUUCUCAAUGUUGUCCUCGGAUCAAUCCUUAUAAGCCAACAUGAUGGAUCAUGGACCAUGAGUUAUACCGGCUAUCCUUGUUGGAUGGGAGGGUUGUUCAUCGUGUUUGGAGUUGUCAGCAUUUUGUCUGACAAGUAUCCAAGUCCAUGUCUGGUUAUCAUCAAUGUGAUUCUGAAUCUGACUGGGGUUGCUUUUGCCAUUGCAGCCAUUGUGCUGUACACCAUCAGUGUAUCUAAUCUAUAUUGGCCGGACAUUUGUAAGGGAUGCUACGACGACGGCAAAACAAUAAUUAUGACGCUCUUGAGAAGCAUCAUUGCUGUGCUAAUUGUGCUGUCAGUCCUAGAGCUCUGCGUCACCAUCAGCUCAGUGGUCUUGGGGAUCAAGAGUCUGAAGAGCAAAGAAAAGGGACAAACUAAGAGCACUGAUGACCCAGAGCUCUACAAACCACUUCUAGAGGAAGUUACCACUAAGCCUACAGUCUGAAUGUAAUUGUGCUGUGAGGGAUUCUAAGCAUGUGCCUUCAUAGCUUUGACUCUGUACUGCAACAUUAUCAUGCACAUCUCUUGCAUUUUUUAUAUACUUUACUGUUUUGCUUUGGUUUUUUGGGGGGUGUUUUUUUACAAUAUUCGGCCAUGUUACAUAAAAAUAACGGACGAAAUGUUGCACAUUUCAUCAGCAUUUGACUACAGACGUGAGGGCUGUAGGUCUUUAGUCACUGAAGCUGAGAAAUGAGGCAACACUGUCUAUAUACUUUUGGCAGUUAUGUUA